CGCACACUUCCGCGCAUGGCGCUGCUGCCCCGGGCCCUGAGCGUGGGCGCGGCCCCGAGCCUGCGGCGGGCGGUGCGCGCGCUCACCUGCACCAUGGCGAGUCCCGGCGAGCAGCAGACCCCGGCCGCUGCUGUUUCCUUUGACUACCUAGUGAUCGGCGGCGGCUCGGGAGGGCUGGCCAGUGCGCGACGGGCGGCGGAGCUCGGCGCCAGGGCCGCGGUGGUGGAGAGUCACAAGCUGGGUGGCACUUGCGUGAAUGUUGGAUGUGUUCCCAAAAAGGUAAUGUGGAACACAGCUGUCCACUCAGAAUUCAUGCACGAUCACACGGAUUAUGGCUUUCAGAGUUGUGAGAGUAAAUUCAAUUGGCAUGUCAUCAAGGAGAAGCGUGAUGCGUAUGUGAGCCGCCUGAACACCAUCUACCAGAACAAUUUAACCAAGUCCCACAUAGAAAUCAUCCAUGGCUAUGCGGCCUUUGCAGAUGAUCCUCAGCCCACGGUGGAAGUCAACGGGAAAAAAUACACUGCACCUCACAUCCUGAUUGCCACAGGUGGUGUGCCCACAGUUCCUCAGGAGAGCCAGAUCCCAGGUGCCAGCUUGGGAAUAACCAGUGAUGGGUUUUUUCAGCUGGAGGAGCUGCCUAGCCGCAGCGUCAUUGUGGGUGCGGGUUACAUUGCCGUGGAGAUAGCUGGCAUCCUCUCUGCCCUGGGCUCCAAGACAUCUCUUAUGAUAAGGCAUGAUAAGGUUCUUAGAAACUUUGAUUCACUCAUCAGUUCCAACUGUACCGAGGAGCUGGAGAAUGCUGGCGUGGAGGUGCUGAAGUUCUCACAGGUAAAGGAAGUAAAAAAGACAACAUCCGGUUUGGAACUUCUCUUGGUUACUUCGGUUCCUGGUAGGACACCCACUACAACCGUGAUUCCAGAUGUUGACUGCCUGCUCUGGGCCAUUGGCCGGGACCCAAAUUCUAGGGGCCUGAAUCUAAAUAAACUGGGGAUUCAGACGGAUGAAAAGGGCCAUAUCAUCGUAGACGAAUUCCAGAAUACCAGUGUCAAAGGCAUCUAUGCUGUGGGAGAUGUCUGUGGGAGAGCACUUCUCACCCCAGUUGCAAUAGCUGCUGGCCGGAAACUGGCCCAUAGGCUUUUUGAAUGCAAAGAAGAUUCCAAAUUAGACUAUGACAACAUCCCUACUGUGGUCUUCAGCCACCCCCCUAUUGGGACAGUGGGGCUUACUGAAGAUGAAGCCAUUCAUAAAUAUGGAAAAGAGAAUGUGAAAAUCUACUCAACUACUUUUACCCCAAUGUAUCAUGCUGUGACCACAAGGAAGACAAAAUGUGUGAUGAAAAUGGUUUGUGCCAACAAAGAGGAAAAGGUGGUUGGGAUCCACAUGCAGGGGAUUGGGUGUGAUGAAAUGCUUCAGGGCUUCGCUGUAGCAGUGAAAAUGGGGGCCACCAAGGCCGACUUUGACAACACGGUUGCCAUUCACCCUACCUCUUCAGAAGAGCUGGUCACGCUCCGCUGAGCGCCCAGGGACUCGGAUGGCCGGCCGGCAGUUGGACCAGUAGACCUCGGAGAAGAGCCAUGUAUCAAGUUUACUUCCUGCUCCAGCUUUAUAUAUUUCUUUACUUUAAUCAGGAUCUUCUGAUAGUGUACAUUUUUAGUUAAGGAAAAAAGAAGAAUUUAUUUAUCUAAUCAGAAGUUUGUUUUGUUAAUCUGGGGUUGGUUUUCAUUUGGUAUUUCACAGUAAUUAAUAUUUUUAAUUUUUUGUUAACAGCCCAGUGCUAGUUGUGUUUUUCUUGCUUCAGCCUCAUUCCAAGUAUAAAUGUAUAUGAAGUAUGGUGAAGUUAAUAUACCUGAAGAAUGAAUAUAGCUGGCUAAUUUUUUUUCUUCUUUUUUUUUUUUUUUUUUUUUUUUUUUUUUUGAGACAGUGUCUCUCUACAGCCCAGAAUGGCCUCAGACUUAAGAUCCUUCAGCUGUGGCCUCAUGAGUGUUGGAACUAUAGGCAUGGGUGGCCAUUCUUGGCCUAGCUUGUUAGUUUAUAUGAUAGUUAAGUCUUCAUCUAUAAAUAUGCAAGGAUACAGACUAUGUGUGUUUUUGAAUCUGCUAUUUUUGUCCUGUGUAUUGCAAAGCUACCCUGAGGAUGUGACUUCUCUCUAAUCUCAUUUUUUGCUCUGUUUUAAAUGAUUUAAAAUGGUUUGUAUUAUUUUUAUGAAAUGAAGUGCAUGGAAGUUAAGAGAGCUGAGGCUGUUAAGUCUGUGAUUCAAGAAGGGUGGGCUGAGCCACUUCAGGAGCCCACCUUUCUGAGCAUCCAUGGUUCAGUCCAUCAUUUCAACAUUUCUGUGUUUUUGUCAGUUUAUUUUUUUAUGAGAACUGUUCCAAAAUUUUGAAAAAUCACUUCAUUGUCUUAUAAAAUUUAUUAUGAACUUAA